AUGUGCCCCCCGCGGCCGAAAUUCAGAAGUAUUUCGAGCGGCCAGAACACAGCGAACCCGACCACUACGAGCGUACGAGCGCUUAUUCUGCGUGGCAAAGGCGAGGAAAGCGACCAGGACGGAAUUCUACCGUUCUCAGCUAGCUCGUGCUUCCUCAUGGCCCAGCUCCAACUCCCAUUCACCCUUUCUUCUCAUCCGACAACAGCACCCGUCAAGCAUGAUUCAGAUCAUCGGAGCCUAAUCAAUCAUCCUUCUCCAUCCUUCUCAACAUACCCCGUACUACGACUGUCCGACUCACAACGCACUUCUAAACAGCCCCUUCAAGUCAUCGUCACCGUUCCUGGUCAAGGAUGGUCUAUCCAUAAGGUCUCCGAUCAAACAAUCCUGUCAUCACAAAAGGUUUCCCCAAGCUUAAUCUUCACUGCCCCGUCCGUUGCACUCUCGAUUCCCCGAAUCGCACCAGCAGAACAGCAAUCAGAGCGACCCGCCAAACUGACAUCUGAAAAAUCAAGAAAAACUCGGACCCGAUACAUCUACGCAGCCAUUGCUUCCUGUUCAUCUGAUCCAUCCCCAGCCGUCAACCAAGGUCGUACAAUUUGGGUAUGGAUUGAAAAUGAAGUCAGUGGCGGCUUCGGUGAACGCGACGACUCAAAUGGAGACCCUGGCAAAUCUAGUUCAGCCAGUAUCAUCAAAGAAUUUCAUUCUCGUGUCGAAACGAUAUACCCCCUACCUCCGACCGACCCUAACGGUGGCUCUACCACUCAACUGGCUCGAAUUCUUGUCUUGCUUCAAUCCGGAGAAGCCCUGCUGUGCGAUGAAAAACUGACAACCAUUGCCACAUGUCGUCUACAUUGUAGCCCCCCGCCCUCAAUUUCCACUGAAUCUCCUCACGUUCGCAUUCAGACGUACAACAACAAUCACGAAUCUGACGCCACAUCAAACCUGAUUAGACGCACGGGAAUAUCUAUCGCCAGCGUGCCUGGACUAAUGAUCUAUAUAUCUCGGUUGAAACCUGAAUUUCCGACGUCCUCGGAGCAAUUGCCAAACGGAUCAACCCCAAAAGGUCGCUCGAAGAAACGCAAAUCUGUCGCAACUCAGUCCUCAAAACCCCCCUCUAGUCGUCUCAGCCAUUAUUCCCACCUCGAAAUCUGUAUCUUGGAAUUACAAUCCGACAAACUGCAUUCAUUAGGUCGCACUUCGCACAAAGAAGAUUUCUUGGACGUGGCCAUCGGGGCUCAGGGUUGGAUUACCAUCAUGGCACGGAGUCAUGUUUUAUCAACUUAUAUCUUGUCCCACUCCCCCAGUUCGGCCGCAGAAGUCGAAUUAUUGCCUUCACGUGAUCUGACACUAAUGCCUCACCCUCAAUGCAGUGCGAUGCAAUUAGCAGCUAAAUUCCGAUCAGUCGAAAUGGCUUCCCCUUCAAGCACAUCAACACCGGUCCUUGUAGCGCUCCCCUGCUCUAUUCCGCUCGUCCUCGUCUUCAUGUCACACUCGACCCAACCAUCCACCGACUCAACAACCUCUUGCCUAGGUCUCGUGCUUGAUUUAUACCAUCAAGCUGUUCUGUUUGUUCUCCAGUCACCUUGGCCAACCGCACCGAAGCAUAGUCAUUCCUCGCCUUCUGACUACGAACCUAUGACUGUCUCAGCAACUCUGUCCACAUCAUCGCAACCUCCACAUGUUUACAUCUGUUUAUCCUACCCAAGUAUUCGAAUAGUCCAAGUACUUCAAGCACCCGAAUUUCCGCCGGAUGGACCAACUUGGAUUGAAGUAUUGAACCCAGUGGUCACAGAUGCCACAUUUGCUUGGAUAAUCCCUGAAUCCAAUGGCGCUAUUGCACCCGCGCAGACUGUUCCGGAUCGCCAGAAGAAUCUCUUACUAUCAGACUCACUGUUGGACGCUCAUUCUUUCGUUUUACAAUCGGAUGCUCGUACCGAAAAGGCUACCCAUCCGCAACGUUUAAGGUCAUUCAUUUCCCGUUUUAAUGAUAUUUGCGCUGGGAACACCAAGAAAACUGGACAUUGGGACUUUGAAACCGUUAGAGCGGCCGAAAUCGCUUGGGCAGAAUGCAUCUUAACCCCCUUGAGUGGCCAAGAGGGAAGUGAGACACAAGACGUGAUUAUGGCGGGCGAUGACUCAUCUGAACAUGCUACAGACAAGCUGGUCGCAGAAUUUCUUCGGGGAGCCAAGGUGGCGUCAAAGCUCGGCUCAAUGCUGUCGAAAGCAUUCAUUCAAGUCCUGCUUCAAAUAUGCUUAGGCCAAUUCGCGGCAGAGGUAGGCAAAGAUUUGACGGUCAAUUUAGCUGAUGGAAGCGCAUCAAGCUCGGGCAACAAGUCCAAGUCUUCAAAGCCUUACCCGGUUCAGAUUGUCAAUUGUUUGUUGCAUUCAGGCUUUGUGGAACAAAGCAUGGUUUCUGGGGGUUUGAUACCCGCGCUCAGACGAGCUGGCGAUGCUACAGCAGUCGAAGUGGCGAUUUCUAAGCUGUUUGAUGUGGAUGAAUCCGAGCUGGUCGAGACGAUUCGUUGGGCGAUUCGAUUCCAUAAUUCUUCACCACCGGCUUCAAAAUCAGAAGGAGUAACCGAUCGCAAGCCACCACUCUUCCACCGCCUCUUGGCGAAAAUUGUGUCCCAACCACUUUCUCCCGGCCCAUUGAAAAAGGCAUUAAAGGAAAUUUUGAGCACAAACGACAUCCUGAUCGUUUUUCGUGUCCUCAACCAGUGGAUCGACUGGUGGUUACAAGAAGGCUUGCAAGUUCUGCGGCUUGAUUGCAAAUCCUCUCAAACUAGCGGGAACCUGACUUCGAACCCGAACCCCAAUGGCGAGGCUUCGGACUCUAAAAAUGCCCACCCACCUUCCAAUAAUACGAUAGGCUAUGAGCACGACUCAGGCUCAAAUAAGAGUGGUCUACCUGGUCUCCGCCGCAUUUUGGAAUUUGUAGAGUGUUCGCUUGAUGCGCACCUGAUCGGACUGAUCCAAUACAAGCAGGCCAAUUCAAUAUUAAAGGCACUGAAGUCAAAACUAAAGCAGGAGAUAGAGAUCGAUAACGUUUUACAAAUGUUGAACGGGACUCUAACCCAGUCGGUUAAACUAAGCAAGGAAAAACAACUUCGACAGAAAAAGAAGCUCGAGAUUUCCUCCAAACAAAAGGGAAGGUCACGCCGGAAAUCAAACCCAGUAACAACUAUGGAAAUAGACUUAUAA